GUGUGACCAACAAUGGAUUAUUCUAUUGCACUGUCACUGCACUGCUUUGGGAUGAAAUGUCCUCCAGUUUUAAAUGGCUUUUCAAAGCUUUUAUUUGUAUUUUUGGCACUGUGCUCCAUACUAUUCUCACAGACAAUGAUCUUGCGAUGGCCGAUGCUAUCUGUUUUAUCCUUAUUGAUAAGUAUGGUACAAAGCAUAGUCUUUGUAUUUGGCACAUGGUAAUG